AGGGUGAGCCAGGACCGAGAUUUGGCUGUGAGGGGAAAACACCAGCUCCAAGCCAAGCUGGAGAACCUAGAGCAGGUCCUAAAGCACAUGCGAGAGGCUGCGGAGCGGCGGCAACAGCUGGAGCUGGAGCAUGAGCAAGCCUUGGCUGUCCUCAACGCCAAACAGCAGGAGAUCGAGCUGCUGCAGAAGGCUCAGGUUGAAGCUAAGAAGGAACAUGAAGGAGCAGUUCAGUUGCUAGAGGCCAAGGUGAGGGAGCUGGAGGAGAAAUGCCGGACGCAGAGCGAGCAGUUUAACCUGCUGGCGCGGGAGCUGGAGCGGUUCCGGCAGCAGGCGGGCAAGAUCGAGCUGCUGAGCACCCCCCUGGCCCCCCCGGGACCCCCUGCCAAACCACUGGGGCAGCUGAUGAACGGGAUAGCCACCAACAUAGGCAAAGGUCACGAGAGCCCUGCUGGCGGUCGCUGUGUGAUCUCCGAGUUCAUCCGGCCCCUGCAGGUCUCUGCAGACAAACCAGAGCAGCUCUCUGUCAAACCCACGCUCCUGGCCAAGGCGAGAGCUGCCACCCCAAGAUGCAGAUUUGAUUCAGACAUGGAUAAUGAUCAGAAUUCCAAUACCUCAAAGCAGAGAUAUUCUGGGAAAGUCCAUCUUUGCAUUGCCCGUUACAGCUACAACCCCUUCGAUGGACCCAACGAGAACCCGGAGGCUGAGCUCCCUCUCACGGCAGGAAAAUACCUGUAUGUGUACGGGGACAUGGACGAGGACGGCUUCUACGAAGGAGAGCUGCUGGACGGACAGAGAGGACUGGUCCCUUCCAACUUCGUGGACUUUGUUCAGGACAACGACUCGCGGCUGCUGGGCAGCGAGCAGGAGCAGAAGGUGCUGAGCCGCGCGGGGCCGGCGCUGGAGGGGGACGUGCUGGACAUCAGCCCCCCCGGGCACGGCCAGCCCGCGCUCAGCAACGGCGCCCUGGACGUCAACAUCGACGAGAUCGGAGAAGACAUCGUGCCUUACCCCAGGAGAAUCACCCUCAUCAAACAACUCGCCAAAAGUGUCAUUGUGGGCUGGGAGCCGCCCCUGGUGCCGCCGGGCUGGGGCACCGUCAGCAGCUACAACGUGCUGGUGGACAGGGAGAUCAGGAUGAACGUGGCCCUGGGCAGCAGGACCAAAGCGCUCAUUGAGAAGCUCAACAUCUCCAGCUGCACGUACAGGAUCUCCAUCCAGAGCAUCACCAGCAAGGGCAGCUCCGACGAGCUGCAGUGCACCUUGCUGGUGGGCAAGGACGUCAUCGUGGCCCCCUCCAACCUGCGCGUGGACAACAUCACCCAGAUCUCUGCGGAGCUCUCCUGGCUCCCCACCAACAGCAACUACAGCCACGUCAUCUUCCUCAACGAGGAGGAGUUUGACAUUGUCAAGGCUGCUAGCUACAAGUACCAUUUUUUUAAUUUGAAGCCCAACAUGGCCUACAAGGUGAAGGUCAUGGCAAAGCCCCACCAGAUGCCCUGGCAGCUUCCCUUGGAGCAGCGAGAGAAAAAGGAAGCCUUUGUGGAAUUUUCUACGUUGCCAGCAGGUCCUCCAGCUCCUCCCCAGGACGUGUCUGUGCGGGCGGGCUCCGCGCCAGGGACCCUCCAGGUGUGCUGGAAGCCCCCAGCCCUGUCGGCCACAGGGACAUCCCACGGUGCCAGCGUCACAGGCUACGGGGUGUAUGCCAAAGGGCAGCGGGUGGCAGAGGUGAUGUUCCCAGCAGCAGAGGGCUCGCCGCUGGAGCUGCUGAGGCUGCGCAGCCUGGACGCCCGGGAGGUGACGGUCCGGACGCUGUCUGCACAGGGGGAGUCCCUGGACUCUGCUGCUGCUGCCAUUCCACCCGACCUCCUGGUGCCUCCAACCCCUCACCCCAGAACUGCUCCCAAAUCUAAGCCAUUAGCAAGUGCCGGAGCCGCAGAAACCAAAGAAGAACAUUUAGGCCCCCAGCUGAAAAGGGAUGAGUCGUGGGAGCAGACUCGUUCGGUGUCCCCCAUCCACGGACACAUGCUGGAACCCCCCAGCUUCCACGGCCCUCUGCAGGGCAGGAGAUCUCCAUCCCCCAACAGGAUCCUGCCCCAGCCCCAGGGCGCUCCAGUCCCCAACACCGUCGCUAAAGCCAUGGCGAGAGAAGCUGCACAGAGAGUGGCAGAGAGCAACAGGAUGGAGAGGAGGAGCGUGUUCAGCGACAGGAGCGGCGUGGCCCCGUACUCUGAUGAGGAGGAGGAUGGCUACGACUCCCCCAAGGUCAAGAGAAGGGGAGCCUCGGUGGAUGAUUUCCUCAAAGAGUCAGAACUUGGGAAGCAAGCUCACUACUGCCCUGGGGACGAGUACCACACGGAGAGCAGCCGUGGCUCGGACCUGUCGGACAUCCUGGAGGAGGAUGAGGAGGAGCUGUACUCGGAGAUGCUGGAGGAGGGCGGCCGGCGGCGCCUCAGCCUCACCUCGCACGGCGCGCUCAAGGAGUACAAUAAGAAUAAGACCACUGAAGCCCCUUUUUGGGAACAGCCUGACUUUCCCCAGCAGCCCCACCACAGUAAAAGGCUUUUCAGUAUCCCAGAAGUGGCUGAAGAGGACGGUGAACACUCUGAGCUGCUGCACAAGCAGGGUUUAGGUACGGCCCAUAGAAAGAACCCCAGAGUAGCGAGAGGCUGCAGAGCUCGCAGGCGCUGCAGGCAGGAGCAGCAGCACAGCCCCAGGCACCCAGCCAGGGCCAGGGCAGGGCCAGGGACCCAGGAGUUUGUGCUGGAUGAGAGAGGAGGCAAAUCCAGACAGUCCCGGAGCCCCGACAGCGGGCUGGACUGCGGCAGCGAGGAGGAGGAACCACGGCUUGGGGUGAGACCCCAAUGGGGCAGAGAGGAGCAGGAACCACGGCUUGGGGUCAGACAUCAGUGGGGCAGAGAGGAGCAGGAACCACGGCUUGGGGAGAGACCCCAAUGGGGCAGUGAGGAAGAGGAGCCCUGGCACAAUUCCAGACCCCAAUGGGGCAGUGAGGAAGAGGAGCCCUGGCACAAUUCCAGACCCCAAUGGGGCAGAGAGGAAGAGGAGCCACAGUUCAGUGUCAGACGCACACGGGGCCAUAAGGAAGGAGAACAUCUCUGGCACGGUUUCAGACACACUCCUGGCAGCGAGGAGCAGCCCUGGCACAACUUCAGACACACUCCUGGCAGCGAGGAUGGGCAGUGCCAGCGUGGUUCCAGACACCGGUGGGGCACCGAGGAAGAGGAGUCACGGCUUGGUGUCAGACCCCAAAGGGACCCUGAGGAAGAGGAGCAGCCCUGGCACAGCCCCAGGCCCCAGAGGGACCCCGAGGAACAGCCCUGGCACAGCCCCAGGCCCCAGAGGGACCCCGAGGAACAGCCCUGGCACAAUUCCAGGCCCCAAAGGGACCGUGAGGAAGAGGAACAACCCUGGCACAGCCCCAGGCCCCGCGGCCGCCCCCAGCCCCGCGGUUGCCGCAGCGGCUCCAGGCCGGCGCUGGCCCGCAGGAGAGCCCUGACGCGGCAGAGCAGCAUCGAGGAGGAUUUCCAGGAGGAUUUCCAGGAGGAUUUCCAGGAGGAUUUCCAGGAGGAUUCCGGGGAGCUGGGGCAGGGCCCCCGGGGGGGCUGCAGGAGCCGGCCCGGCCCCGCGGGGCCCAGGGCGGCACAGCCACCCCUCAGAGAUGCACAGCGCUCUCCGCUUUUGGGUAACCCAGCCUCUGCAGGACGGCCCGACAGGGUGGAGCACAGGCGAAGGUCCUCGGUGCCACCAAGGGCUCGGGCGCUGCUGGUCCCUUCCAUCGAUGGCUACGGUGGUCAUGACCAUCUUUCUCCAGAUAUUUAUGAAGAAUCUGAAACAGAUCCUGGCACAGAAGAUCUCUCUACUCGAAUAUUUGUUGCACUUUUUGACUACGACCCGCUGACCAUGUCCCCGAACCCCGAUGCUGCAGAGGAGGAGCUGCCCUUCAAGGAAGGACAGAUCAUUAAGGUUUAUGGGGACAAGGAUGCUGAUGGGUUCUACCGUGGAGAAACCUGCGCAAGGAUUGGCCUUAUCCCAUGCAACAUGGUCUCUGAGAUACAAGCAGAUGAUGAGGAGAUGAUGGAGCAGCUUCUGAAACAAGGUUUCCUUCCUUUGAACACCCCAAUUGAGAAAAUCGAGCGGGGCCGGCGCGGUGGCCGCCCGCAGCCCGUGAGCACCAGGAGGAUGGUGGCCCUCUAUGACUACGACCCCAGGGAGAGCUCCCCCAACGUGGACGUGGAGGCCGAGCUGACGUUCUGCACUGGGGACAUCAUCACUGUCUUUGGUGAGAUCGAUGAAGAUGGAUUUUACUACGGGGAGCUCAAUGGACAGAAGGGGCUGGUUCCUUCCAACUUCCUAGAAGAAGUGCCUGAUGAUGUUGAAGUCUUUCUCUCCGACGCACCCUCGCGCUACGCCCAGGACACCCCCACGCGCUCCAAGGCAAAAAGGGUUCCUCCUGAGAAUACAGGUACAGCCCGGAGAGCAGCAUCCCCCCCAGCUCAUCUCCACCCCGGGUCACCUCCGUCACCUCUCGGGGGCUCCGGGAGUCCCGGGAGAGGCAGGGACUUGGCCUCGAAAAAGAAAAAGGGGCUGCUUUCCAAAGGCAAGAAACUGCUGAAAAAGCUUGGUGCAGUGAAAUGAGUCAUGUGCUCCUGGACAACUUGUAAAGCUUCCAGUCUGUGUACUUUUUUUUUUUUUUUUAAACUCAAAACUAGGGCUUUCAUGACUAUGCAGUACUUUACCAGACCUUUGCAUUUUUAACUGACAUCAAUAGAAUCAUGUGAAUUGCUUAAUCGAAACAGCAAGAAAAAAAAAAAAGGAAGUGGAUUUGUUGUUGCAAAAACAUUUUUUAAAAAGUAAAAAAAAAAAAAAAAAAAAGUUGUGGGAUUAAGACCAGAAGAACAUGGUUUUAUUUGAAGUCAACUCAACACGUGCAACUCCAUUGGAAAAAUCUCAGCCUUUAGUCUGCUUUAAGCAGGAGUGGGGAGAAAACUCUUCCCUGAUUGCUGGUUCAGAGAGAUCACCCCACUGCACCCAAUCAUUCUCAUUAACAAAAAUGGUCUUGAAACUCCUAGUUGAAUCAGCCUUGAUGUUCUGCCUUAUUAAUGCACAAUGAUUUGUACUGUCUAAUAAAUAUGCAGCGUAUACUUUGUAUGUACUGUGUAUCAGCUGUCUCCAUCUCCCUCCAUGUAAUUCCAGGUGAGAGCUCUGUUACUGCCCCUGUCCCGUGUCUGAUGAGUUCCUGGGAGUGUGCAAGUGCUGUGUAAACGCUUCAUUUCAUUUCUGCUCCCCAGUGAACCCCAGCCCCGCUGCUGGUCUGUGCUCCCUGCCCCGAGUCGGGCAGUGUAAGGCACCCAGAACUCCCCAGUCCCACCCCUCCCUGCCCCAGGUUUUGGGUUCCUGCUCCUGUUCUGGGCAAACCCGAGUGCACCCCGAGCCCUCAGCCCCAGGUUGUGUCUGUGGGGCUCAGUGCUGGGCUCAAGGCGUUUCCCUGCUGCUGUCAGGGCACAGGGAAAGGACAAAGCGUGUUCCAGCACAGCAAAUCCAACUGCACUAUUGGCAUUUCACAAAAACAACCCCACUCCCCGAUGGCAGUCAUUGGCUGUUACUAUUUUGUAAUUCUUGUCCAUUUGUAAAUUGUUUUUACUGUUUAUACAUACUUUUCAGACUGCCUUUCUUUUUGUAAUUUACGGAAGGUUUAUAAAUGAAUGAUCAAAGCUUCCCCAUUGUGUCUUCAGAUAACAAUGUAAAUUACUGUAAAAUACUGUGUGCUAGAUUAUAACAUUUAAUUAAAGAAAAUAACUGGCCUACAGUUGUGGUAAAGUACUGUGUGGGUGUGUGCAUGUGUACAAUCAUUGUGUAUUAUAUUUUAUAUAAAUAAAUAAUUUGAUAUUUUGUA